AAUACAACAUCUCACAAAAUUUCUAAAUCCUUUAAGCUUUGCUGGAUGUCCUUGCCCUUUUCCAAAGCUCCCAUUUUGGCACAGGGAGGAUGCUGGCAAAGGUUGUGGAAUUUGGUUUUACACCUGCCAAUUGCAUUUGCUUGAAAAUAUCCUCAUUUAUCAGGACACUCAUUGCCAAUGAAAGAACAACAUCGCUCACAUUUGGGAGUCGACCUCUAAUUAGCAAUAACUCAAAAAGAAAACUCAUUCCAGUUUUUUUAAAGUUUAAUCUGUAGAUGCAAGAGAAACAAAGGAAAAAAUGUCAAAUGAUUCAAAAAACUUGUCGAAGUUAAAUUUGAAACAUGAAUAAAUUACAAUCUUCAAAUUUAAGCACUCAAGCAUAUUCACAGAAUUUAUCAGCUCACAAGUUCCUCCAUAAACAGAUGGAUAAUAUCCGCCUAGGGUUUUCAUCACUCUGCACUACAGUCAAACCCUACGCCAUAAUUUAGUGGCACGCUCUGGUCUCUUUAUACUUGGUGUACAAAAUAUUAGUGCGCGUGUGGUUAUUGAGGAGCUUCUCCAUUUCUUCGGGAUGCUCAGAAGCUCAUGAACAGCGCUCAACAGGGGAUCCAUAUCAUCACACAGCAGCUCUGCGUUCCGGGGAAACGGUGGGGCAAUGGGGAAGGAAGGAACUUCUGCGGUAACGGCAAAAAUGAAAACGGAAUCUUUGAAACGGUCAAAACGGCAAACCGUAACAUAAAAAGACACGUGAACGGGAAAGGUUGGGUUAAGCAGUCAACGGUUACGGCCAACAUUAACAAAGAAAAUGAUAGAAUUAGAUGUGAUUUAAAGAGCAAACAGAUCCAUCGAAAAUAAAGAGGGAAGAAAAUCCGCAAGAAAUGUGGAAUAAACUAGAACUCUUGAAAGCAAUGAGGACGGGAAGCAAAACUUCUGUGUACACGCAAUGCACACCACGCGUUUUUUUAUCAAUUUCGGACGUUCUUCCCAAUUGCUUUCUCUGGUUGGCAAUGGCCAGGUGAGGCAUAGAACCGUUCUCGGUAGCGAAGUAAAACUUCUGACAGUAUUUAGGAAUUUGUCAUCCCAAUCAAUUAAUCAACCGACAAUGAGUGCCGCAAAUUUGGAGAGGCAAAGGAAGAUGCGACAACUAGUCAAUAAUCAGCCGAUGGAUGCAUGGGACAAAUGCUGGGUGGAAGGAGCGAUCCCCUGGGAUAUCGGACAUGUUACUCCAAUUCUUUCACACCUGAUAGAAAAAGGUCUUCUCCCAUAUGGCAGGGCUUUGGUUCCUGGAUGUGGGGUAUGAUGUUGUGGCUCUUGCUAACCACAAUCGUUAUGUGGUAGGUGUUGACAUCUCUGAAACUGCAAUUAAACGAGCACAAGAGCUGGCUGCAUGUGCUCCAAAUGUUGAGUACUUAGAGUUUCUGAAGGAAGAUUUUUUCACAUGGGCUCCAACAGAGCAGUUUGAUUUUAUCUUUGAUUACACGUUUUUCUGUGCUUUUGAGCCUCAGAUGAGACCUGCCUGGGCAAAGCGUGUAGCAGAGCUAUUAAAACCUGAUGGAGAGCUUUUGACAGUAAUAUUCCCUGUAAGCAAUCAUGAGGGAGGCCCACCUUAUGCAGUUUCUCUUCUCCAGUAUGAAAAGGUUUUACAUCCAUUUGGUUUCAAGGCAACCUCAAUUGAAAACAAUGAAAUGGCCAUUGAAAGACGCAAGGCAUCAAAUGGCGACCCCGGAGUCGAAAGAUCAACUGCUUGGCGGACCCUCAUCAAAGAAGAUCAAGUUAGGACAAGGACGAUCUCCUCCGGUCCAGCAUCAUUAAGGACGACCUUCUCCAUCUAUCUUCCAGUCCAACAUUUGAAGGAAAGCAUCACCAAAUUGAGAAUCAACCAAGUGUUAGACAAGGUGGCAUCCUAGUCAUCGCUCCUCCAGUCGGGUUGGUCCACUUCAGCAUGUCUAGAUUCAAUGUACCUGACUCAUUAAAGGUGGCACAAGCUUCGAUGUACCUACCCCAGCUAUCCAUUGGUCGAAUAUUCCAGAGAAGACAUGUGUCCAAUUAAUACAAUUAUUUCAUCGGUCAGAAUUGAGUUUGUUGUAACAAACCCUAAUUAGGGUUUUCAUUGUAGAAUCUUGGCCAUUGAUCUCAAAUUGAUCUUAGCCAUUGAAUUGUAUUAAGGGCACUAUAUAAGCCCUGACUCUUCAUUUGUAAAUGCUAAUAGAAAGUAGUUAGUGAAUAGUGGAAAAAUAUAGAAAAUAGUUAGUUAAUAGUCAGAGAAUAGUUAGUCAGGAGUUAGAAGGUGAAUAGUUAGAAUAGUGAAUAAGUC